GUUUGACCGGUUUGACCACAUUUUCCAUCCUGUUGGGCUUUGCAGCCAUGGCCUUGCAGUCUCCUCAUCUGUCACCCAGAGGUGCAUUGGUCCAAGUGGCCCAACGACGCGUUUGCACGCAAGAGUUGCGAAGGAAUGAUGAGCUUUGCGAUGCUCGCAGUUGUCUUCGGACAGGUCGGAUAAUUCUUUGCGGGGCAUUUUUCUCAUGGGCCCGCAACCAGGGCCGGACGCGUGUACGGCAGCAAAUGCCACAGCACCAGCUUUGCCCGGCGGGUGCGAAGAUAUUGAGGCCAACAACGCUGCCACUUACGCAGCCACGAUUUCGGCUUAGCCAGGCAAAAAGGCUGCAUGCAGAACAAGAACGAGCAGUCAACGAAAUCAUGGAGAGGUUCCAGGCUGAACAAAAAGUCACGCUGCAUGGUUCGACAGGUUCUGGAAAGACCUGGGUAGCUUCAAAUGUCAUUUUCAGAAUGCAGCCCAAAGCGGUCCUGGUCCUGGUGCCGGUGAAGGCGCUGGCGAUGCAGCUUCAAUGUGCCUUUGCGGCUGAUUUUGUGGAUACGAUUUCCCAGGUAUUCAUCUCACAGAUCAGUGGCUACAGUGCCCCUGAAGUGAUUGAAACCAAUGGCAUUAUCGAGGUCAAGAAAGGGCGGCGCAUCAUUGACGAGGAUGCAAAGCAAAUCCGGAUCGACACGAUUGCUGCGGUGAACGGAGGAGAUCCUUGCAUUGUCACUUCCUCAACAUCUUCACUAUUCUAUUGCCCUUCUCUUCUUGCGGACGACGAGGGUGAUGGAGACUUGACCAAAGAGGAAAUUGUUCGCAUUGUCGACGAACUGCAGCGAGAAGUGCACGAUCUAGCCGAUUAUGAUAUAACAGUCCGAACUCGUGGUCGCACUGAAGCAUUGCGACGCCGAAUCGAGGCAGAUAUCACUAGCCUCAAGACGAAAGGCACCUGCCCUAACCUUUUUGAGUUUUACGACGACCUUUUGCCUAAAAGGAUGAAGCGGACCUUCAUCGACAAGAUGAAUGAGUGCUAUGGCAGAGACUGGCUGAUGAUAGUCGACGAGUGCCACAGCACAGUGCCUGCCAUGAAGGGACCGCAUGCAGCACACAGGACUCGAGUAAUCAAGCAAGUGGCGGAAGGUCGCAUGCGACGUACCUUGUUGCAGACGGACAGACACACUGGCCCUCUGAGCUGGGCAGACAUUCAGAAUCGCUUGCCUUCUUCAGUGCUCUUCAUGUCUGCAACCCCUCCAUCCCAGGAAGAUUUGGGCCACAUGGUUUCAUUGGAGAUGCGACCGACGCACAUAUGCGAUCCUGUGAUCACAAAGAUUGUCACAAAAUGGAACCCAUCAGCAGAGCAACGAAGGUCACAGCACGACCUUUGGAACUUGCUUGGAAGUGUCAGAACCAUUCUUAUGGACAGGCGACCUGAAGACCAGGCCAUAGUGGCAACAGUCGAGUGCAAUCAGGCUGAUAUUUUGCACUCCUUCAUCAGCGUGGACCACAGGUGUGGCGUUGUACAUGGUGAGAAGACCAGAGAAGAGAAAAUGGAAAUUCUCAAACAGUUCCGCAACGGGCAGCUCGACGUUCUUUGCGGUUCCAAGAUGGUGAUUGAAGGCUUAGAUCUUCCUGGAGUUGCUCUGGUUGUUGUCCCUGAUGCCAACUUCAGUGGAUUCUUGCGCACUGAGGCGGUUCUUACCCAACUGGUGGGCCGCACUGCCAGACAUGCAUCAGGAAGAGCGUUCUUCCUCGUCACUGAAGAUGGGCGGCCGACUGACGCAGUCGACAAUUGCAUCAAGCAGCACAGAGAGCGCCGCAUUCGGCAGGAGAACUACAAUCGCAAGCAUGGCGUGACUGCUGAAUCCAUCGAGUGGGAACCUCGGUUAAGGCGGAUGCCCAAAGAUGAGAAGGCUGACCCUGACGCUUUGUGUUCCCCAUCAAGCCGUGCAUCCACGAAGCCAGAGGAUGUGCAAAAAUACUCCAGUGAGCAGAUCUUCACAAUUCUGUCAUCCUUGGUGAAGACCUGUUGGGCAGAAAAGCCCGAAGGAGUUGAGGAUUGGAGUGAGGAAGAUCCUGAGAAGUCUCAUCAGAAUUGGACCACACCAGCACUUCAUGAAGGAAGAUUUGAAAUGUUUUAUUUCAAGGAGAAUGAGGUUGAGAAGAUGCUGCCACAGCUGAUCUUAAUGGUCACAGUGCCGGCAAUAGGACCAGUCAGGUCAUACCAUUUGCUUCAGAGGAAUGGCGAUAUCGAUCAGAUACUCCGCCAAACGCUAGCUGAGUUGAGGAAGGUGACUCAAAUCAGAGGGGUCUUGAGUGAGCGGUUGCUUUUGCCGCGCACUUCUGAGCUCUUGGCCAAUAACAGGAGGAAGCUAGCACAGAUCCUGCAGCUGAAGGAGUUCACUAGUCAGGUGGCAGAGCUGUUCGAGGGGAUGGAACGAAAAGAUUUGAAAAUGCAGGCGAAGAAGGCUAUUGAGGAUGAAACCGGUGGUUUCGUACUUGAAUUGGUUUGUAGGCUGAUAGACCUUUGCUGUAUCCAGCACGAGACGGACAAGAUUUGCUAAUUUGCUGCAAAAAAGCGUUUUUUAGAUGGACAGAACUCGUCACAUAUGAUCGGAAAAUGAGUUUGUACAUUACCGCGCAACGUGUGAUGAUUCUGUGUGUUUCACCCUGUCUGAGGGAUCGUGCUUGACUGUAU